AUGGAAGUUACAUGUGUUUUCUUCGUUAACGUGGGACAGCAGUGCCUUAUCGGACCGAGAGAUCGAUUCCGUCGUAUCGGACGUAGUGGUUGUAAAGUCAUGGAAAGUAGAAGAGGAAAGGGAGAAGAGCAGGGAUAUGAAGGACCAGGUCAUAAACUCGAAGAUAUAUCUUGCAUUUUGUUGCCAACUAAUUCAACAGCAGGGGCAUUUAUGACGGAUAGGUAUUCGGACGAGGGGGUCGUCGUUGUAAAUGUAGCGGCCGCUCUUUGA